GAAGCGAAAGUCGGGGGGGGAUGGAGAAGGCAGGACGCACUUGUUUCUUCUGCGACCAACCAGCAACUGGUUUGUGCGCCUGCGCGAUGCGAGUGGGGCGAGAACGAGAGUUUCUUCUGCGAGACCGCGAUAAAAAUAGAACCAGGGCAAAACUGUGUGCGCCUGCGUCAAACGAGAAUGAAGAUUUGGAAAUCUUAAAUGUUGAAUAUGGAAAGAACAUGAUUAAGCUUCUUCGCAUUAGAAGAGAUGGCAAGAAACACUGCAUUAAAGAAGUGGAGGCUUGUGUACAUCUUAGACUGGAUUCUGUCAAUGAGUACUCGCAGGGAGACAAUUCUGCUGUUAUCCCUACUGACACCAUGAAGAAUGCCGUCCUUGCUUUGGCAAAAUGCAACGGGAUUGAAACUAUAGAACAAUUUGCCCUGGAUAUCUGCAAUUACUUCAUUUCAUCAUAUUGCCAUGUGAUGUACGUCAAGGCCUAUAUUCAAGAGGCACCAUGGCGGCGUCUAGAACAGAAUGGAGUUCCCCAUGCCCAUUCCUUUAUCUUUGUUCCUGAAGGAAUUCGCUUUUGUGAAGUUGAACGGUGUCAGGAUGGUUGUCCACUUAUUUCUUCUGGAAUUAAAGAUCUGAAACUUAAGAAAACAACACAGUCUGGCUUUGAAGGCUUCCACAGGGACAAAUACACCACACUGCCUGAGACGACUGAUAGGAUUUUAAGUGCAGAAUUAUUCUGCAAGUGGUACUAUGGCAAGUGCCAAGAUAUUGACUUUGACUGUGUAUGGGAUAUUGUUCACGACAGUGUCCUUGAGGCAUUUUCUGGGCCACCUGACUGUGGGGAAUACUCACCCUCUUACCAGAAGACUGUCAAUGAUAUUCAGAUGCUCAUCCUGGCAAGAGUUCCUCAGAUAGAGGAGACUGAAGUCAUCUUGAACAACAUUCACUAUUUUGUCACAGACUUGAAGAAACUGGGACUGGCCAAUGAAAAGGAGGUUCUGAUCCCGGUGGAGACUCCGUAUGGUUCUUGUACAUGCGUACUCCGUCGGAAGAAGUGCUUAGAAGAGCAAGCCUAAAAUACAAGAGAUGAGAAGCAAUGUCAGUGAAUUGGAUGGAUGUUUCAACAGGGGACAAACUAAACAUUUGGGCUCCAUUCACACAUAUAAGAUGCAUUUAUCAUGUGACUUUCUUUUCAGAAUGUAUCCAUUCCAUUCAUUGAUCUUUUUGUAUAUUGCCUGAUUUUGGCCUCCACAAAUUACAGAGAUUGGGAUUUUGAUAGGAGCCUAAGGAAUUCAGAUUUCCAAAUCCCAUUGAAUCUCCAUAGGAUUUGUGUACAUAAUUCUCUUGGACUCCUUUGAAAAUCUAGCAAGAAAUAUUUAAUUAGAAAAGAACUAUUUUCAGGCAUAUGAUGAAAGUUUCAGUUAAUCAGUUAAUGUCUCUAAUGUGCUCUACUCAUUUAAAAUCCUGAAUAGGUUCUAUAAAUUAUUAUUAUUUAUUAAUGUUUGUGCAUUAAUGCAUUGUAAUAACAAAAUUAAUUUAUAAUCAUGAGAGCAAAUCUUUAGGUGGUGUAAACUGGUAUGACUUCAGUGGAUUACACUAAUUUACACAGCCGAGGGUCUGGUUCAAUAUUGUAAAUUUAAUAAGGCAGAAUUAUUACUUGUGUUUCCAAUGUAAAUUAAAAUGGACCCAGCUUUCUUCAAGAAGCAAAUGAGGAAAUAAAACAAAAUUCUACCUACCUAUAUAUUAUAUCUUCUUUACAAUAUUAAUAGUACAGAUGUGGACUAAUUUCUAUGUAAGUAUUCCGAUUACACAGCUGCCACAUUAUUGCUAAUCAAAUAAACAGCUGUGGGGAUUAUGCACCUGUAUAA